CAAUUGUCAAGUUCAAGAUUUGUCUGUCAAAAGUUAUAUUUCGAAAAUUUGUUUUAUUUGCAGUUUUGUGUUUAAUAUUUUAUAUUUAAAUGGUUUAAAUAAAAUAGAUAAAUGUAGCAAUAGAGGUGCAAUUUGAUAAAUUACUAAUUUUGUGAAAGUGUUAUUGGUUAAUAUUCAGGGUGAUAAAAUGAACAGCUUGAAGCAACCCCACAAAAGAAUACCUCCAGUUUCUACAGAGCCCAACAAUGAAGAGUUCCUAGUUCCUCAAGCACCCCGAGGACAAUUAUCCCAAAACAAAAGUCAAAAGUUCUCUGUGCUCUCGCUUUCAAAAAAUAAAAAAGUACAAAGUGAGAAACCUCCGGAAAAUCAUAGUGGUUGCAAAACCGGGACUAAAAAAAGGUUGUCUAACGAGGCAAAAAUAGCCGCUGAUAAGAAAUGCAAACUGGAGGAAUGUUCACUUGAUGACGAUUUAUUUGAUAAUAUUGAUCUAACUCAGCUACUAAAUGAUAAAACUAAUAAAAGUACGGCACUUUCAACGCGCUCAGCCAGCGACAAUUCCUUACAUAAAGUUGUUGAUGCUUCACAAAAAACACCACUGUCUCUCAGAUCAAAAAAUGACCCAAACGAAUCACCAAAAAAACCAUUACUGACUCAAUUAACUCAACUGUUUGAGAACAGUCAAGCCUUGAACCAGAUUGAGACCAUAAUAAGUGAGAGUAACACGAACAGCACAAUUUUGCGCGAGAAAAAUUGGGGUGCAAAAAUAAGCGAGAAUUUGGGAGACGUUUUAAAUGAAAAUAAUCGCGACGAAUUGGAGUCAUUUUUCGACCAAAUCGAACAUUCGGUCAGCGUAAUGGGCUCAGAUGUUGAGUCUGUCGAUAAAGACAUUUCGAAAAUUUUGGAAGGACUUUUCGGGACGCAAAAAGUGGAACAAGAAUCGGAUAAAAAUAAUGAGAAUGAGAAUGAUAUUACAAUGUCUGGAAUUAAUGCGAGUUUUGCUACGGCCUUAAAGCAAGUGCUUUUAUCAAACAUUACUAAAGACGUAAUACCGGUGAAAAAAGCCAAAAGUGAGACGAUUGGGGAAGAAAAUGGUACGUUUACCGAAGUUGGGCCUUUCUACGGCUUGCCUUUGAGGGUUAAAGAGUUGAUUAAAAUGUACAAAGGCAUUGAUGAAUUGUACGACUGGCAAGACGAGUGUUUGAAUCUUCCGGCGAUUAAAGAGCACCGGAACCUUAUCUAUGCGCUUCCCACAAGUGGGGGUAAAACCCUAGUCGCUGAGAUUUUGAUGCUACGGGAAAUAAUGUGUCGGAAAAAAAAUGCGAUAUUUAUCCUACCUUACGUGGCAAUUGUUCAAGAAAAAGUCUGGGCUUUAUCACCUUUUGCCGUGGCUUUGGACUUCCUAGUUGAGGAGUAUGCCGCUAGUAAAGGCACAUACCCUCCGCGGAAGCGGCGACGGAAAAAUUCAAUCUAUAUUGCAACAAUUGAGAAAGCUUUGGGGUUGUUGAACAGUCUUAUUGAGACUGAUCGUAUUAACGAGAUUGGUUUAAUCGUUGUUGAUGAGCUCCACUUGGUCGGGGAGCCAGGCCGUGGCUCCACUUUGGAGGCCCUCCUCACAAAAAUUAUGUACACUAACGCCAACAUACAAGUGGUUGGGAUGAGCGCUACAAUCGGAAAUGUGAACGAUUUGUGCCAAUUCCUCAACGCUGAUAUUUAUUCGCAAAAUUUCCGUCCCGUCGAACUCGUCGAGUAUGUAAAAUGCGGGCCAGAAGUGGCAAAAAUUAAUUACAGUCCGAAAGACGAGUUGUUAACUGUAGUUAGGAAAAUCGAUCACAAAUAUCCAUCAAGUGGAAUGAAUAGUCUUGACCCGGAUAAAUUAGGCGCUUUAGUCAUGGAAGUUGUUCCAGAAGCCUCGUGUUUGAUUUUUUGUGCGUCGAAGAAAAAUUGCGAAAACGUGGCCUCGCUAUUAUGCAAGGUUGUGAACAAAAGUUUGUUGGAUUACAAAAAAGAGGAAAAGGAACAAGUCAAACACUCGUUAAAAGACGAAGGUGGUUCAUUGUGUAAAAUAUUCAACGUGUCAAUUCAAUUGGGCAUCGCGUAUCAUCAUUCAGGUUUAACCAAUGAGGAACGCCGAGUUAUUGAGGAAGCCUUCAGGGCUGGUGUCAUUUCAGUAAUUUGUUGCACGUCAACUCUGGCCGCUGGGGUAAAUUUACCGGCCAAAAGAGUCAUUCUGAGACAACCAUACGUUGGUCGAGAGUUUAUCAGUUUGUCGAAAUACAAACAAAUGGUAGGUCGUGCCGGUAGAGCAGGUUUGGGGGAGACAGGCGAGAGUAUUUUAAUUUGUAAUCCCCCCGAAUUACCCAAAGUGAAAAAAUUGUUAUUAUCACCAAUGGAUGAAGCGUUAUCAGGGAUGCACCAAAACGAGGGGAAAGGAUUGAGACAUUUGCUCUUGAGUUGUAUCAGUUUAGGUGUCGCUAACACACGAGCACAGUUGCAAGAAGUCGCGAAAAAAACUUUAUUGCACAUUCAAAGCGAACGACUUGAAAUCAAUUUGAAAAAACUAACAGAUAAGGCGAUUAGUGACCUUUUUAAACUUGGAGCGUUACAAGAAGCCGAUUUGAGUAAAAAGGAAAAUACAAUCGAUUGUGAUGUAACCGUUAAAAUGGAAACUUCAUUUUCAAGCACUGAUUCUAACAGCAGUAAUGUAUCAAGGAAAAGGAAAAUCGUUCUUAAAAACGACACUAAACUUGUGAUCAGUAAACUGGGUUGUGCUGCAAUUAAGGGCAAUUUUGAGUUGGCAAGAGCGCAUCAACUUUACGAUGACCUGCACCAAGCCCAGAAAAGUCUAGUUUUGCUCGAUUGCCUCCAUUUAUUGUUCCUUGUCACACCGUACGACCUUGCCGAGCAAAUCAAGCCGGACCGAAAUGACUAUUACAAUAUUUUCCGUACUUUGGGGCGCAACGAACUUCAAACAGCUCGUAUUUUAGGAAUCGACGAUGCUGUGGCUUUACGGAUGUUGGCAAACCAACCAAUUAGAAAUGUACCUGAACGUGUCUUGAACCGUUUUUACCUAACUUUAAUGUUGUACGACUUAUGGAACGAAACGCCUGUUUUCGAAGUUUCGGAAAAAUUCCAAGUCAAUCGCGGGAUUGUCCAGCAUUUGAUGACCGGAGCUGCGACGUUUGCCUCAAAUGUUGUACAUUUUUGCGAAGGUUUGGAGGAGUUUUGGACGUUUGCCCAUCUUUUGAACGGGAUGAGUCAAAGAUUGUCGCAUUGUUGUGUGAAAGAGUUGUUGCCUUUGAUGCAAUUACCGGCAGUUAAACAAAGCCGGGCUAGGCAGCUUUAUAACGCCGGUUAUAAGUCUAUACGUAGCAUAGCUGCGGCAAACGCCGAUAGUUUGGUUGAAAGUAUCGAAUAUUUGCCGAGAAGAGUUGCAAAACAACUAAUUGCAGCAGCUAAGAUGUUAAUGUUGGAAAAAGUGGAGAAUUUACGGGAGGAGGCUGAGGAUGUACUUGACGGUAUAGAGAACCCUAAACCCUUUAUGAAUCAAACUUUACUAGUUUAAUUGUUAUCGUUUUUUGUACAAACACGGAUUUAAACUUAA